ACGACUAAGUUAUCAGCUGUAGGCUAUCGUCUGAUAAACGAUAAACGAUUACCAGUGGUGUCACAGGUCUUCCUUGUGUUAAUUGAGUAGGCUAACAACAAGUUUUCCAUUUAUAGGCUAGGCCUACUGAUUCGUGAGACAAACGUUGGUGUAUCUCCCUGGUUGUAGUAGCCUAGGCCUUGUUACCGCUUUUGCAGAAAUGAGGCUUAAACCAAACAGGGGUGUUUUAUUUUUGUGUCUUGUAUUUCUUUACAUCGGCCAAACAUGCGGUAUAAGCCUUGAAAUAGUGGAAAGAUAUGAGACACACCGUGAGAAAAAGUCCGAGGAUGUUCACGCUGGGACAAUUACUUUCGGCGGAGGAGAUAUUUCACUGUUUCGAAAUCUGGAAUAUGAGCGACGAUAUGUUGGAGAAAACACAAUUGGUGGCUCGGGUAAUAUUCAAGCCGACGAUCCACGUCCAGUCCUGGUGGGUGAACAAAUCACUGAUGACUUUAGGUCUUCUAAGGCAGCCUGGGAUCGUAUGCGACCAAAGUUGUUAUGUACGAAGGACCUCAUGAAGUUCUCGGCACAAGGCCCUGGGUACUCUUCACUUCAGCUAGACAGAAGUGGCCAGCCUCUCCCGCUUAGCCAGCUGCCACAAGACUGUGGCUACUCUGUGUACAGGUCUUUGGUGGGCAUUGUGUUUCUUGCCCCUCUUGAUGGUUGUGAUGUUAUACAACAGGGCAACAGCCACUUGCUGCAGAUGUUGUGGCACGGCAAUCCAGUAACCCUAUCUUGCCCUGUAUCAAGCUCAGACCAAGUAUCACCUGUGGAUCCAAAGAUUGAGCAUCAUCUUUUGCCUGGGGAAAUUACCCCUCAAUCCACCUUGGCCCCAACAGCAAAAGCAGUUUUUUCCACAAUUACAGAAGCACCUUCUACAGCUGCCACGCUUCCUCCACAGAAUCAACAGCAGCAACAGUGGAUGCAGCACCUCAUUCAUUAUGGAGGCUACAACCCUUUUAUUCCUGUGACGACUCCCCCUCAAACUAUUGCCACUCCAACUACAGAAGCACCUUCAACAGCUGCCACACUUCCUCCACAGAAUCAACAGCAGCAACAGUGGAUGCAGCAACAGUGGAUGCAGCACCUCAUUCAUUAUGGAGGCUACAACCCUUUUAUUCCUGUGACGACUCCCCCUCAAACUACUGCCACUCCAUCUACAGAGGCACCUUCCACUACAGAAGAACCUACUACAGCUGCCACACUUCCUCAACAGCAGCAACAGUGGAUACACCCCCAUAUUCAUUAUGGAGGCUACUACAACCCUUUCAUUCCUGUGACGACUCCCCCUCAAACUACUACUGCUCCAACUACAAAAGCACCUACUACAACUGCCAAGCUUCCUCCACAGAAUCAACAGCAGCAACAGUGGAUGCAGCACCUCGUUCAUUAUGGAGGCUACAACCCUUUAAUGCCUGUGACGACUCUCCCUCAAACUACUGUUGCUCCAACUACAGAGGCACCUUCCGCUACAGAAGCACCUACUACAGCAUCUAAGCUUCCUCCACAGAAUCAACAGCAGCAACAGUGGAUUCACCCCCUCAUUCAUUUUGGAGGCUACAACCCUGUAAUACCUGUGACUACUUCCCAUCAAACUACUGCUGCUCCAACUACAAAAGCACCUACUACAGCUGCCAAGCUUCCUCCACAGAAUCAACAGCAGCAACAGUGGAUGCAGCACCUCGUUCAUUAUGGAGGCUACAACCCUUUAAUGCCUGUGACGACUCUCCCUCAAACUACUGUUGCUCCUACUACAGAGGCACCUUCCGCUACAGAAGCACCUACUACAGCAUCUAAGCUUCCUCCACAGAAUCAACAGCAGCAACAGUGGAUACACCCCCUCAUUCAUUUUGGAGGCUACAACCCUGUAAUACCUGUGACUACUUCCCAUCAAACUACUGCUGUUCCAACUACAAAAGCACCUACUACAGCUGCCAAGCUUCCUCCACAGAAUCAACAGCAGCAACAGUGGAUGCAGCAGCAGUGGAUGCAGCACCUUCAUAAUGGAGACUACAACCCUUUAAUGCCUGUGACGACUCUCCCUCAAACUACUGCUGCUUCAACUUCAGAAGUGCCUCCACAGAGUCAACAGGAACCGUACCCAGGAUACUAUAAUCCUGGUAAGCCAUCCCCUCAAGAUCAGCAGUUCAUGAAUCUUUUCAGACCACCUGCUCCAGCCUCCACUGCUGCCCCACUGAUCACUCCAACAGAACCUACAACACCCUUCCCUGAUGACGAAUCUACCUCGGCAGCACCUCCAAACCAGAGUCCACUGGAGGAGAUGCCCUACUCCAAAUAUCCCUUUAAACCUUUCCUUGUCGAAUAUGUCAAUCCUUCUGAUCCCAACAUGCCUAAGCCCAAGACCAAAUCCUGGACUCAGGUGCUGUCUCAGAAUUACCCUUUCAUGAGCCUUGACCAUAGCGACACCCCCAAUAACCAUGCACCUCACCUAGUAGAUGAGGACAAAAAUACAAAAUGACAUGCUGGUGAGUGGUGUCAAACCCUGGAUGAGGAUACCUUUUUUUUGUUUUCAAUAUAUGGCUCAUAGUGCAUAUUCAAUAAAAUAACAAAACCA